AUGGGUUGGAUUGUUACCAGUUUAUUCAUAGUCGGUGAAACCGCUGGAGGUGGACUUGUUGCUAUGCCGACUGCUGUUGUUUCUACGGGAUUGCUUGGUGGAAUAAUUUUAAUUAUUUUCGGUGCAUUGAUAUGCACAUAUACAUCAUAUCAGCUUUCGGAAAAUUGGACAAUUUUACAAGCAAGAUGGCCAGAAUAUAGGAAUUAUUGCAGGAAACCAUAUCCUUCUAUGGGAUAUAGGGCGAUUGGACCUCGAUUUAAGACUUUUGUUUCUAUUUGUUUGGAUGUGACGAUGUUCGGCACAGCAGUUGUUUUUUUAUUACUUGCUGCCAAAAACAUCGAAAAUAUACUUCAUGUUUAUGGCAGAAUUCACAUUGAUUUUUGUUAUCUGGUGUUAAUUGUUGUGCUUAUACUGAUUAAUGCAUCAACUGAUAUAUCCUUAUGUUCUCCUCAUAAUGCAUAUCCUUCACUUCAACCUACCAAGUUUUUCCUAUCAUUUGGAACGGUGAUGUUUGCAUUCGGUGGACAUGGUGCAUUUCCUACCAUUCAACAUGAUAUGGAAAAACCGUAUCUAUUUAAGCGAUCUACUUUUCUCGCAUUUACCAUUAUAACUUUAAUGUAUAUAACAGUAUCAGUUGUUGGAUAUAUUGCAUAUGGCGACAGUUUGCUUGACUCUAUCAUUCCAUCUUUACAAAAUGUUUAUAUUCAACAGAUCGUCAAUAUUUUGAUUACACUUCAUGUAAUUCUUGCAUUAACAAUUGUCUUCAAUCCGAUUAAUCAAGAAUUUGAAGAAUUAUUAAGAGUUCCUCAAGAAUUUGGGCUGAGAAGAUUCUUGACGCGAACAGCAAUGAUGACAGCGACAAUUUUUGCCGCAGAAACUAUUCCAGAAUUCGGUGUAUUACUUGAUCUCGUUGGUGGUUCAACAAUAACUUUAAUGGCGCUUAUAUUUCCAUCUAUAUUUAAUCUUUUUCUAUAUGCUAGUGACCAAAAGCAUAGUGGCAAGCUGGCGACACCCUCCGAGAAGUGGAUUACAAUUUCUGAGUUAGAAUUCAUCUAUAUUUUAUAA